AUGCCGCCGCAGCACAACUCCGCCGUGGAAGAGGCCGUGAGCCACGUGGCCUACGCGCUCAGCGACUUCUCGUACCUGGUGCAGCCCGUGCCCUUCGGCUCGGCGCUCGAGAAGUACAUCGUCGGCGCGCGCCGCAACGUGUUCGACCAGGUGGGCAAGGUGGAGGAGGGCGCCGUGGGCCAGGAGCUCAUCGAGCGCGCCUACGCCGCCGCCGCGCGCGGCCAGUUCGUGACGCUCUUCGCGUCGUCGCCCUCGGCGCUGCUGCAGAUGGUGCCCGCCAUGUACAAGCUCAGCAGCGCGCAGCUGCCCGCCGUGAUCCACGUCGUGGCGCGCGAGCACUCGGACCUCAUGGCCGUGCGCCAGACCGGCUUCGUCAUCUUGAACUCGCUCAACGCCACCGAGACCGAGGACAUGGCGCUGCUCGCGCACGUCGCGUCGCUGCGCGCCAACGUGCCGUUUCUGCACGUCUACGACGGGGAGAUGACUCACAACGACCUGGAGCAGCAGGCCGCCGCGUCCGCCAGCAAGUUCAGCCACGCGCUCGUGGACUACCAGUACCUGGCCAACCUCAUCGGGCUCAAGAACGCCAGCGAGGCGCCCGAGUUCCGCCAGCUCGUGCUCAGCAAGUCGGGCGUGGCCGACAACACCGACGACGCCGAGCUCUACUUCCAGGUGUCGCCCGAGUGCAUCGCCAAGUACAACGCCGUGCCCGAGGUCGUGGAGGAUGUCAUCCAGCAGGUCUUCGCCAAGAAAGGCUACCAGCUCUUCGAGUACUUCGGCCACCCCGAGGCCGAGCAGGUGCUCGUGGUCAUGGGCACGGCCUCCAGCGUCGUCAAGGACGCCGUCGACUCGCUCUACACCAACUGGAAGGCCAAGGUCGGCGUCAUCUCGGUGCGUCUCUUCCGUCCGUGGUCGACCAAGGCCUUCCUGAGCGUCGUGCCCGCUACCGCCACCAAGUUCGCGGUGCUUGACCGCAUGGACGACGCCACCAACGUCGGCGAGCCGCUGUUCAUGGACGUGCUCGGCUCUUUCCAGUCGGAGGAGUGGCAGAACAAGCCCGUGCCGGCCGUCAUCGGAGGCAAGUACGCCUUCAACGUCAGCGAGUCCGUGUUCGACGUCGUGACUGCGCGCACUCUGGUGGAGGAGCUCGCUGCGGACAAGCUGCAGAACGGCUUCGUUGUUGCCUCCCCGACUGCUACGGAGGCGUUCAACGCCAAGAUGACUGCCACCACGCAGCUCGUGAACUCGUACGUGUCGUCCAAGGAUGGAUUUGAGGCCCCCUACGUCAAGAUGCUGCUGCAGCUGUUCGAGAAGCGCGCGGUGAUUGCGAACCUUGUGCGCUCUGAGACGGUCUGGAAGGCGCAGGACAAGACCGUGGGCGACAGCGUUGCCCUCGAGAACGGCGAGUUCGGCUUCGGUGUGCACCUCGGCAUUCUGGCCAAGCGCCAGGAACUCAAGGACAAGGUCAAGGCGCUUGUGUCGGGCGCGCACGCCAAGAGCAUAGUGUCGCAGCGUCUGCUUGAGUGCCUCGUCCAGUGGUCCGAGAAGCAGCCCAAGCACGACAAGCUCGGGAGCGAGAUCGCCAUUUUGCUCGAAAAUGAGCAGCACCAGGGUGGUGUUCUGGCCGAGAUCUACGCCUUGAAGCAGUACUUCGCUCCUCUGAGCCAGUGGAUUCUGGGCAGCGAGGAGUUCUCGCGUGACGUCGGCGCUUCGGGCGUGCACCAGGUGCUUGCCAGCGGCGAGAACGUGAACCUGCUGAUUCUUGACACGGAGCCGAUGAACGCGGUCUCCAAGAGCAACCGCAAGCGCGACCUGGGUUUGUACGCCAUGCAGUACGGCAACGCUUACGUCGCGUCGGUUGCGCUUUACGACUCGUACUCGCAGGUGCUGCGCGCGCUGAACGAGGCUGAUGCGUUUGACGGUCCUUCGAUUGUUCUAGCCUACGCACCCAGCGCCAGCAACAUGGAGCAGGAGACCAAGGAGGCCGUCUCCAGUGGCUACUGGCCCCUGUACCGCUACAAUCCUCAGCUGGAGGACGUGGAGGGCGAGAAGGCCUUCUCUCUCGAGUCGCCGAGCAUCAAGAAGGAGCUCCUGACGUUCCUGCAGCGCAACAACCAGCUCAGUCUGUUCGCGAAGCAGGCCCUGACCGGUCCCACGGCAUCCUCGGUUACGGAGAAGUACGAGCAGAUUGGCCAGCAGGCGCUGAAGACCAGCUUCGAGGCCCUGCUCAACGGAUUCGGCGGACAGCAGCAGGAGCCGUGGCAGGUGGACACCAAGCUGUGGCUUCUUGUGGGCUCUGACAACGGCCACGCCGACGAGUUCGCCUCGAAGCUCGAGGAGGACGCUUUGAACUUCGGCCUCAAGAACGUCGAGAAGAUGGACAUGAACGAGAUGACCAUCGACCAGUUGCUGGACGAAGCCAACGACGAGAAUGCGUACGUUGUGUUCGUGUGCUCCACGGCUGGACAGGGUGAGUUCCCGAGCAAUGGCAAGGAGUUCUGGGGUGAGCUUUCGGCUUUCAGCUCCACGCUCCCUCUGCAGUACGCGGUGUUCGGCAUGGGUGACAGCUUGUACUGGCCUCGCGAGGACGAGAAGCACUACUUCUGCAAGGCCCCGACGGACCUGGACGCCAAGCUGAGCGAGCUUGGAGCCAAGCGUAUCAUCGACCUCGCCAAGGCUGAUGACCAGGAUGAGGAUGGCCCGACGACGCAGUUCGACCUGUGGAAGCCCCAGCUCUGGGAACAAAUCGGCAUCCCCGCCGAAGUGGUCAGCCUCCACCAGGGCACGAAGAAGAAGCAGCGCACGAACGAGGAGAUCAAGCAGCAGAGCAACUACUUGCGCGGAACGCUCGCGGAGGGCCUCGAGGACCGCACGACGAAGGCUCUGGACGCGGACGACACGCAGCUUACCAAGUUCCACGGCAUCUACCAGCAGGAUAACCGUGACCUGCGCGAGCAGAUGCGUCUCGAGAAGAAGGAGAAGGCGUUCUCGUUCAUGAUCCGUGUGCGUGUCCCCGGUGGUGUGUCCACUGCGGAGCAGUAUCUGAUGAUUGACCAGCUCGCAGACUCGCACGCCAACGGCAACAUCAAGCUGUCGACUCGCCAGGCGUACCAGCUCCAGGGCAUUCUCAAGUGGAACCUGAAGCCUAUCGUCCAGGGUAUUAACCGUGUGCUCAUGGACUCGCUGGCUGCUUGCGGUGACGUGAACCGUAACGUUAUGGCCACCGUGAACCCGUCGUGCUCCGUCGAGACCCACCAGGAGAUCCUGGACAUCGCGCGCGACAUCUCGGCUCACCUGAGCCCACGCACGAGCGCGUACCACGAGAUCUGGCUGGACAAGAAGAUGGUCGCUGGUGGCGAGGUGAAGGACUUCGAGCCGUUCUACGGUGAGGCUUACCUGCCGCGCAAGUUCAAGAUCGCUAUCGCCAUCCCGCCUUCGAACGAUGUGGACAUUUUCGCCAACUGCCUGGGUUUCAUCGCCAUCCUCAAGAAGGACAAGCUGGUUGGUUUCAACGUGACUGUGGGCGGUGGCAUGGGUAUGACCCACAACAACACCAAGACGUUUCCGCGUCUGGCCGAUGUGAUGGCGUUCUGCACGCCGGAGCAGGCCAAGGAUGUGGCGGAGAAGGUCAUGGUGCUGCAGCGCGACUUCGGUGACCGUGUGAACCGCAAGCACGCUCGCUUCAAAUACACCGUCGAGGACCACGGCUUGGAGUGGAUUCGCGCGGAGACCGAGAAGCGUCUGGGCUACAAGCUCCAGGACCCGCGCAAGUACAAGCUCGUCUCGAACGGAGACCGCUUCGGCUGGAUCAAGAACUCGCAGGGCAAGUACCACUACGGCAUGUACGUGGAGGGCGGCCGUAUCAAGGACACGAAGGAGACCAGCAUCCGCACGGGUCUCCGCGAGCUGGCCAAGGCGUUCCCGCACGUCGAGUUCCACCUCACGGGUAACCAGAACCUCAGCCUGGGCAACAUCUCGGAGCAGGAGAUCCCGCAGAUCAAGGCGCUGAUGGAGCAGUACAAGUUCGGCAACGACAACUACUCGGGCAUGCGUCUGAACUCGAUCGCCUGCGCUGCUCUGCCCAUGUGCGGUCUCGCCUUCGCUGAGGCCGAGCGCUACCUGCCGUCGCUGAUCACCAAGAUCGAGGACAUGCUGGAGGCGAACGGACUGCGCGACGACGCGAUCGUGAUCCGUAUGACCGGUUGCCCCAACGGCUGUGGUCGGCCCUACCUGGGCGAGAUCGGCUUCGUGGGUCGCUCCCCUGGAAUCUACAACCUGUACCUCGGUGCUGGUUUCUCGGGCGACCGUCUCAACAAGCUCUACAAGGAGGCCCUCGACGAGGCGCAGAUUCUGCAGGAGCUGGAGCCGAUCAUCAAGGACUACGCCGAGCACCGCGAGCAGGGCGAGAAGUUCGGCGACUUCGUCAUCCGCGCGGGCUACGUGAAGGCGUGUCUGGCCGCCCCGCUGGUGGAGAACCGCGCUGCGGGCGAGACCUUCCACGCGUAAGCAGUCUAGUCGUAGAUGUAUCGUAGUAUUCAUUCAUCAAAUAAACACUCUUAACCGU